AUGAAUACUGACGGCGCCCCUGCCACCACCAUCGCUCCCACGUUGGACCUGCAGGCGCUGCUUGCGACCAUGCCGGACUUCUCCAAACUGCCGCCACUGCCCAAUAUGCCCAAGGACGGCUCGAACACGGACACAUCGACAUCGCAGCAGUCGUUGUUGUUUCCGUCGAUCCCCAGUGAUCAGCUGGCUGCCCUCUCGCUCGGCUUAUUCCCACUUCAUGGAUUCCCCAUGUUCCCUCUGCUGCCAAUGGGUCAGGUGUCGAGCACUCUUCCUCCACACUCCACAAUCGAGAGCUUAGGGCUGAUGACGAACAAUAGUCUUCGUCAAAGCACUUCAUCAGCGAUGGGCCUGCCGGUGCUCGAUUCGCGACCAAGAGCAUUCUCAAGCGCUGCUGCACUUCAGCGACCUAAGCCCACAGCAACGCCCGAGAAAAGGCGCAAGCGGUCGCGCAAAGCUCAGGAAGAGGAGCAGUCAAGUGUGUUGAGGAUGCUCGUUGACGAAGAGGACGACGCUCCGAUCAGAAUCCGCCAGCCGCCGUCGACCAGCGAUUUGGACGAGAAGCUCCGAAAAGAUGCUGCCAGAGUACUGAGCGCAAGCAGUCCGCCACCUGUGGCGGCUAAGCGCGCAUCACCGGAAAGACUGGCAGAUCUGAUCGAGGAGCCUGCGAUUGCCCUGAGGCGAAUAAUCCGCGAUGAGGACCUGCCCGACUCGAUCGGCCCCGACUCGCCGUUCCGUCAUCACCCCAAAUAUCAGCGCAAACAACUGGAUUCUGAGAUGAUGGACGGUAUGGAUGCGUUGAUGGCGUUCUCCAGCAUGAGCGGUUAUGUUGGGGAAUCGUCUGAGCCGACACCGUCGCCCAAGAACGACUCUGGGUACACGAGCGCCGGCUCACCGAAGAAGUCGUUCGCCGAGAUGAUGGAGCACGCCAUUUGUCGCGAGCUUGUCACCGCCGAGUAG